AUGGAUCAACACAAUCACAUUCACUACCAGAAUCAGGAUCAACUGAUGCAGCAACAACAACAGCAACAGAUGGGGGCUACCGUUCUAUGUUGUAACUGUGGUACACCAAUAGAUGGUUCUGCUGGUUUGGUUAUGUGUUACGACUGUAUCAAGUUGACAGUUGAUAUCACAGAAGGUAUACCAAGAGAAGCUAAUAUUUCCUUCUGUAGAAACUGUGAAAGAUUUUUACAACCACCUACAUCAUGGAUCAAGGCUGAACUUGAAUCUAGAGAGCUUUUGGCUAUUUGUCUUCGUCGUCUAAAGGGUUUAAGUAAAGUCAGAUUAGUGGAUGCAUCGUUUAUUUGGACCGAACCCCAUUCCAGACGUAUUAGAGUUAAGCUUACCGUUCAAGGUGAAGCCAUGGCUAACACAAUCAUUCAACAAACAUUUGAAGUCGAGUACGUUGUCAUUGCUAUGCAAUGUCCAGACUGUGCUAGAUCUUACACAACAAAUACCUGGAGAGCUACAGUUCAAAUCAGACAAAAGGUUCCACAUAAGAGAACUUUCUUGUACUUAGAACAAUUGAUUUUAAAGCACAAUGCACACGUUGAUACCAUCUCCAUCACUGAAUCUAGAGACGGUUUGGAUUUCUUCUAUGCUCAAAAGAACCAUGCUGCAAAGAUGAUUGAUUUCUUAGAGGCAGUUGUUCCAAUUAAAUAUAAGAAAUCUGAAGAAUUAAUAUCUCAAGAUACUCAUACUGGUUCAUCUACUUAUAAGUUCUCUUACUCUGUGGAAAUUGCUCCAAUCUGUAGGGACGAUUUGGUUGUUUUACCAAAGAAAUUGGCUUCUCAUUUAGGUAAUAUCUCCAGAUUAGUCCUUUGUAGCAAAAUUUCCAAUAGUAUUCAGUUUUUGGAUCCAUGUACUUUACAAACAGCAGACAUUUCAAGUAGUGUCUACUGGAGAGAUGCAUUCCCAUCCUUAGCUGAGAUUUCUCAAUUAGUGGAAUUUGUUGUAUUAGACGUUGAAUCUACAGGUUUUAGUCGAGGUAAUAAAGUUCUUGCAGAUGUUACAGUUGCAAGAUCAACAGAUUUAGGUGUUAACGAUCAAGUAUACUACAUCAAAUCUCACAUGGGUGCUGUGCUACAUGCUGGUGAUGCAGUCAUGGGUUACUUUAUUGGUAACUCCAAUUAUAACUCUCCAAUGUUUGAUAGUUUACAAAGUGAUUACGUACCUGAUGUUAUCUUAGUUAAGAAACACUACCAGAGAAGAACCAAGAAAAACAGAAACUGGAAACUUAAGAGAAUGGCUAGAGAACAUAAGGAUAUUGAAGCAUCUCAAGACUAUGGUGGAAGAGCUCAAAAACAAGAAGUGGAACGUGCUGAGAAGGAUUACGAGUUAUUCUUACAAGAGUUAGAAGAAGAUGAAGAAUUGAGACAAAACAUUAACAUGUACAAGAGUCAAAAGCAACCAGCAGAACAAGUUCAAGCAGGACAAGAAGAAGAAGAUAAUUCCCCAGAAAUUAAUAUUGAUGAGUUAUUAGACGAGUUAGACGAUAUGACUUUGGAAGAUACGCCGAUGGAAGAGUAA